AUGGCAUCCUGGCGCGACUUGCAACAAGCCGUCUUUCUGAGCCCGGCGCAAUGCCUUCUGCGGGUCUGGCAGUUUGCCGGACCAGCAUGCUGCUUCAAGGCCAAGCUGCUCGCGCGCGGCGCGGGGCCCGCGGAUCCGCCUGGCGAGGAGUGGUGGCCCGACCUUGGAAAAUGCCACUUGAUGGCGCAGCUGCGCGUGCAUCCCGAGGACGGGCGGCUUCUCAGCCUGGACCGUCUUUGGGCGGCCAUCCGUGCUCGGCCAGAGGCCGUGAACACAGCGACUCCCGAGGGAAAGCCAUUGACCAUCGCGGUGAAGAAAGGCUGCCGUGGUGCUGCCGAGCUCUUGCGAAAGAGCGGCGCUGUCUUGACCUGCGCUGGUGCGGACCAGCUCCUGCGCGAAUCAGCACAACGAGGGAACGUCGAGGCCUUGCAGUUGCUUCUCUUCGAGACCUCUGGAUGCCUGAGAAAAGAGCCCUGGGCGAGCUUGAACGCGAGACCCGUGAAGCACGGAGGAACUCCCUUGGACGUGGCAGUAAGCCAAAACCAGCAGGAAUGCGUCGAGCUUCUGCUGAAGGCGGGUGGUCGACAUUCGCUUCAUCGUGCAGCAGAAUUGGCGGUUCCGAGUAUGGUCCGCGCUUGGCUGAGCGAGGGCGCGGCCGUGGAGGAGUGCGACAGCAGUGGUGCGACACCACUGCUUCUGGCAGCAAAAGGCACAGGUCGCACAGCAGAGCGAACAGAAUGCCUGCAGCUGCUGUUGCGUGCUGAUGCCAUGGUCGAUGCCUUGCCAAUUACCCAGGAGACGCCGUUGAUGCACGCGGCAAGACGAGGCGUCUGCGAGCAUUGCGAAUUGCUCCUGGAGGCAAGGGCAGAUUGCCAGCGCAGGGAUCGCAAAGACCGGCAACCCAUUGACCAUGCAGCGACAAAGGAUGUGCGUGCCUUGCUGUCAGCGGCCAUGAGUGCUGGGCAAGGAGCUGAGUGUCAGCGAGAAGAGUGGAUGUGGGCUGAGGAGGACCAGGCUCUGCCGGCGGCUCCGAACCCGUCGAACCCUUACGCCCGGCACCAACUACCACAGGACUGGCACCAGAUGACUGCUGGCUACCACAUGCUGCCGCACGCACAGCAAGCUUUCCAUCAGCAGCUUGGCUUUCUUGGCGCCAGCUACUUCAUGGUCAUCUCUGCCAAGCUUCCAAGGCCCAGUCUUGCCAUGAGGGUAUGGGCCCACAAGCCAGUGGACAACCUGGAAUGCGAUGUCUCCACAGCAGUUCUGAGACCUGCCUACCAAAUUGUUGAGCCGAUUUCUUCUCCACCGCCGGUUGUUCAAGCCAUGCGAUGUCCAGCCUGUGGCAACGUGUACAUGACCGACUCCGUGUACUGCCGGAAAUGUGGAAGGAAACGUGACAUCCUCUCUCCAGACUUGUCACGGCCGUUCUCGGUGACGCUACCGGCGACUCUGCCAACAACAGCGCCGCCACCACCGCCACCGAUGCCUGUCAGGGCUGGGGCGACGGGCUCUCCAGUGUCCGCCGCACUGCCUGUUGAGGUAUCAAGCCCACGUGCGGGGGCAAGGGGCAGGAUAGGAUCCAAGAUGGUCUCAGAGAGGGCAGGUCGAAGGUCAUCCAUGUCCAUUUGCAGCACUUGCCAUGUGGUGCUGCUGAGUGGCAAAAGCACUCCGGUCCGUGUAGGAGCCGACACGACCCUCAAAGAAGUGCAGUCGCGCGCAGAGGCUGCCUUGCGGACUGGCAUCAGCAAGCUGAUCAAUUCAGCUGGAGAGACCCUUUCCCGCGCCAGCACAGUUGCAGAAGCCGGACUGCGAGAUGGAGACUCGCUAAAUGCCGUGGCACGCUGGCCGGAAAUUGCCUCGACUGCUCCUGCGUUUGCUUUCCGACGGGUUGACGGCUCCGUGGUGACCUGGGGACACAAGGACGGGGGUGGAGACUCUAGCAAAGUACAGGACCAGCUUCGAAACGUCCAGGAGAUCCGCAGCACAGCAGGGGCCUUUGCCGCAAUCCGCUCUGAUGGAUCUGUGGUGACUUGGGGAGGCCGGGAGUUUGGUGGUGAUAGCACCAAGAUCCAGCACCAACUGCGACAUGUCUUGGCCCUCCAAAGCUCUUGCGCAGCCUUUGCAGCUCUCCGCUUGGACGGAUCCGUGGUGUGUUGGGGAGCAGACGAUGUCGGGGGGAAUUGUAACAAAGUCCAGAAGAAGCUAAAGAAUGUGCGACAGAUACAAGCCUCCACGGCGGCGUUUGCAGCUCUGCUAGCUGAUGGAACAGUCGUCACCUGGGGAGCACCGGACUGUGGAGGGGACAGCGACGCUGCGCAGGAUCGGCUGAAGAAUGUGAAAAGCAUCAUUAGCAGUGGCUAUGCCUUCGCUGCCAUCUGCCAGGAUGAAACGGUGGUUACCUGGGGCAAUGUGGCAGAUGGAGGCGACAGCAGAGCUGUCCAACACAAGCUGAAGUCUGUGAAAGGCAUCGCUGCGACCGAUUCGGCUUUUGCAGCGCUGCUAGGGGACGGUUCAGUGGUCGCUUGGGGUGCAGGCGGAGCUGGUGGCGACAGCCGACCCGUUCAAAGUCGUCUCAAGGACGUGAGGAGCAUUCGUGGCUCUGUUGCUGCAUUUGCAGCCAUCUUGGGGGACGAAUCGGUCGUUACAUGGGGAUGCCGCAACUGCGGUGGAGACAGCAGCGCCGUCCAGCACCAGUUGACAAAUGUGCAGCAGAUUCAGAGCAAUGACUCUGCGUUUGCAGCAAUUCGUGGCGACGGGUCGGUGGUCACCUGGGGAAGUAGGCGGCAUGGUUCAGACAGCAGUGCUGUUUCGCAUCGGCUCCGACAGGUGCAGCAGAUCCAAGCCUCGACUGAAGCGUUUGCUGCCCUCCUGACGGAUGGCUCAGUAGUGAGCUGGGGUACAGAUGUCUAUGGUGGCGACAGCCGCGCCGUGCAAGGGAAGCUGAAGGGUGUGCAGCACAUCCAGGAAAACGGCUUUGCCUUUGCGGCGCUGCUUGAGGAUGGGUCAGUCGUCACAUGGGGGGACCCAGAGAACGGAGGUGACAGCAGUGCCGUGCGAGAGCAGCUUUCACAGACGGCAUGGGACAUGCAGACACAACCGCCUAAGAAGAGGCGGCGCAUUGUGGGAAAGCAGCCUGCAACAAGCCGGCUGUCUCCCGAUGCUCUCAAAUGA